GUCAUUCUAAACAAGGUGUGGACUCACUGACAAAUGCGGAAACCAGGCACGAUUAAAAGUACUGUUCAAGGUGAGACGUGAAGCUCUGCAGACUGCUGUUUAACUUAAAAAGGGGUGCUGCUGUAAAAACAAUUGUGGGUGAAAGUUGAAACUUCCAGCGGAAAUAAGGAGUAUUCUUGAUUUACAUGAACACUGCGUAGACCGUAUACACACAACCAGAAACUGGAGACAUCACAUCAAGAAGUCUUGCACCAUCCAGAAUUAAACAUGAGCAAGGAAAAUGUCAGUGACAUUAAAGCUGAAGAGAUGGAACAGGGUUGCAGCACUGAUCAGUAUGCAGAAGGGGAAAUACGUGUGAUUCAGUUCCGUACAGGAUUCAAGAAGUUUAAAGUAGCAUGCAACACCUCCCAGAGACUCCUGGGUGCACUCAAAAAAAAUCCUGCUUUUAGGAGUUACUCAGAGAAAAACGUGAGCAAAGAAAUAAUAAUCCGGAGAACAAAAGGAAAAGUCCCUGGAGCUGCUGUGAAGUCAGAUUUCCCUUGCUGUCUUUUAGAAAGUGAUGAGGUUCUGGAUAUCAAUUUUAUCAGCAAUGUAGGAAACAUUUCUACAAGCCAAAAAACUGAGAAAAAAUUUUCACCUCUCAAUAAAUAUAAAACCUUUUAUAUCAGAACGAGAGGGAAGAUAAAGAAGACAAUAAUGAGGAACAACGACCUGGCGCUAAAUGUUGACUAUGUGUGUGUAUAUGGAAUCGAAGGAGAGACACUUAAAACUGCUCUUCAAAAGGACGGCCGAUUCAGUGAAGAAGUAUUCAACAGUCCCUGUGAACUUAUGGAUAUUUUCAAAGAUGCAAGCUAUGACCUGUCGUUGCCCGUGGACUGUCUUUGUGAACAUCAGUUUGAGAUAUAUGUACGAUGGACAAAGCAAUCAGCAUCAGACAUACAGCAAAGUAGUGCAAACAAUGAAGUAGAGCAAAGUAUUGCUAGUAAUGAAGCUCCGGCUGAUCCUCCCAUAGCUGAGCAAAGCCAACAGCCCAGAAAUGAGAACCAAACAAAGCAAAGGAAGAGAAAAGGAAAAACAGAAAAACCCACUGGACCUGCAACUAAAGGCCGUGUGACUGAAAUUACCUGGAAAUCUGAAAAUUCCAAAUUUCCUUCCUCCACUGAAAAAAUCCUACGUGAUCAGUGUAAACUGUUACUAGAGACACUAAAAGACAAGCCUGAGGUCCAACAGCUCUUCCACGCUGAAUUUGGGAAAAGCAUUAAGAAUUUCUGGGAGGUGAGCCUGAUGAAGAGGCUCACAAAGUUUUCUGACGCGGUUUGUGUGAUUGUAGUUAAUAAGUCUGCCCUUGGAACUGGAUUCUUACUGUUCGACAAAUUUGUUCUUACUAAUGCACAUGUUGUUAAGGAUUUUCUCGUAGAGAAAGAUUCUGUCCAUCGAAAUCUGGCGGUGACCCUUGAGGCUGCCUUUAAUUACGAACAUGUCACAUCAAGGGGUGAAUGUCUUAAAUUUAAGAAGGAACUUGCUGCGUACUGUUAUAAAGAUGAUGGCAUGUCAUGCCUCGACUAUGCUCUUCUCGAACUGAACACUGAAAGAAUAAAAAUGAAUUAUCCUCAACUGCUCAGUUUUUGCAAAAACACUCCUCCUCCAAAGAAUGGUGCGAUCUUCAUCGUGGGACAUCCAGACUGUACGAGCAAAAAAAUUGACUUCUGCUUCAUCACUGAGACUGUGAAUCGAGCCCGGGCUAUAAUGAAGCACAUAUCUGAGAAUUCUAUCUGUCCAUAUGUUUCAUUGCAAUGCUGUUCAGAUCUUCGUGGAAACUACAUUGCCUAUGACACUUGCUUCUUUCAUGGAGCUUCUGGUUCCCCAGUGUUUGAUGAACACUGCUUCCUGAUCGGUGUCCACACUGGGGGCUUUGAUUACAAAGACAGUAAUAAUGAAACAAGGAGUGUUUUAGAAUUUUGCAUUUCCAUGCAGUCCAUCCGGAAAAGUAUCAACGAGACAGGAAGACCUGAUGUCAUUGAAUUACUCUGUGAAUUUGAAAGGAAAAGAGAUGAAGAAAACGUUCCUCCGAGAGGGGUUAACCCUGCACCUGGAGGAAACAUUCCUGAAGAAAAAGAACUGCAGGACCAGAAUGAUGAGGCUAUGGAAUUGAAUGAAUUAGAAUCAGUAUAGUCAGAUUCUUUCAAUAGUUACUUACACACAGACAAAAAUAAAAGUACAUAAUAAUCUUCGAUACAUUAAUAACACUGGAUCAAGAACUAAAACAAAACAGAACUAUACAUACAAACAACCAAAACCCACUUAAAGUCCCAGAAGUCAUUGCGGCGCAUCUAUCCAAGUUGGUCGAUGUCGGACAACAGAGGAAUAAAGUUACAACAUGCCAUUACUAUUUUCCCUGGUUGUUCCUCUGUUUUUUGGGUGUCGAUUGUUGAGUGUCCUGGCUGAGCCUGGUUUUUCCCGAGGUUUUUUUACUCCAUUAAUCAAUCAUUGGAGUUUGGGUUCUUCACCACAGCAGGGCAGUGAUGGUUUGCUCAUCGGGAGACUGCAUUUAUUUAUUUAUUUAUUAAUUAUAUAUUAUUUAUUAGAAUGAUCUUGCUUGCUCUAUAAACACCAUGCACUGUGCUGUGUUUUAACUUUUCUGUUUUUUCUGUUUGCUCCUGAAAAGCUGCUUUGGAACAAUGCACAUUGUGAAAAGCGCUAUAUAAAUAAAAUUGAAUUGAGAAAUGGCUAAAAUCCAUCAGUACAUCUAGAUUUAACAUAGAGUUUUGUCACUAUUAUUAUUCAAUUUUAUUUCUAGAUAUCAGUAGAUUUAUCAUGUUAAAGUUAUUGAAUUAAGUUUAUAUUAUGAUGCAUAUGUAUUUGUUAUAUAAAAAUCUCCUUUUUAUGUAAAAUUAAAAAAUAAUCUAUAACAACAUUGUACACAGAUUUAUAAAUCUAUUUAGAUUUUUUAAACGGUUUAAAUCAUUGUAUUUUGCACUAUAAAUAGCAUAAUUGACAUAGUUCUUCUGAAACAUUAUGGAUUGUCUGUGACUGUACUUCAGAUUGCUGUUAGAUUGGUUUCUAGAUUUCUUACAAUAAAUAAAGCUUUG